CCCUUAGGCUUCUGAGGAAGGAAGGAUGGACUGAGACUUCAAGGUGCCUUGAGACAAGACAUAGGAAACUGACAACAAAGCAUUUUGAUGGCUUGAUCACACCACUUGUAUCUUGUGACAACGUCUGCCUCAGAGCCCUAAAACCAGUGAAACAACAAUCAAAGAUCCAAGGUGUUGAGGAACACAACAAUAUAACAGAAUCUCGCAGUGGACUAUUAGAUCAUUAAUGUGAAGAUACAUCAACGUCAAACCGGAACAUUAUCUGGUACCAUUUGGAAAAGACACUGUGGAGAAUAAGUCAGUUGUGAGGUGGAUCAUGGAAAUCAAAGAGGAAGGAACGUCAGAAGAAGGCCAGCAUUUUCUUCCAGCAGCUCAGGCAAAUGACCCUGAGGACAUUCAGUUUACCAGCAUCCAGAAGAGUCCCAAUGAGCCACAGUUGGAAUUCAUUCUUGCCUGCAAGGACCUUGUGGCUCCUGUCAGUGAUCGGAAACUGAAUACAGUAGUACAGGUCUCAGUAAUCCACCCCGUGGAGCAGACCCUGACGAGGUACUCCAGCACAGAAAUUGUGGAGGGAACAAAAGACCCACUGUUCCUGACAGGCGUCACAUUCCCAUCCGACUACCCCAUCUAUGAAGAGACAAGAAUAAAACUGACAGUCUAUGAUGUCAAGGAUAAGCCGCAUGAUACUAUUCGAACCAGUGUCCUUCCGGAACACAAGGAUCCCCCGCCAGAAGUUGCGAGAAGCUUCCUGGGCUGUGCCAGCUUUAAAGUCGGGGAGCUGCUGAAGUCCAAGGAGCAACUGCUGUCCCUGAGCCUGAGGACCUCAGAUGGUGGCAAAGUGGUCGGCACCAUAGAAGUCAGCCUCGUGAAGAUGGGGGAGAUUGAGGAUGGGGACACCGACCACAUCACAACAGACGUGCAGGGACAAAAGUGUGCCCUAGUGUAUGAUUCUACCGCACCAGAGAGUCUGAGUGGGAAGGAAAACUUACCUUUCAUGAACGCAGUGUUAAGGAAUCCUGUGUGUAAACUGUACAGAUUCCCCACGUCUGACAAUAAGUGGAUGCGAAUCCGUGAGCAGAUGUCAGAAAGCAUCCUUUCUUUUCAUAUUCCUAAGGAAUUGAUUUCCCUUCACAUCAAAGAAGACCUAUGCAGAAACCAGGAGUUAAAAGAACUUGGUGACCUUUCUCCACACUGGGACAACCUACGGAACAAUGUCCUUUCUCACUGUGAUCAAAUGGUGACUAUGUACCAAGAUAUUCUGACAGAACUUUCCAAGGAAACGGGGUCCUCCUUCAAAUCCAGCAGCAGCAAAGGAGAGAAAACAUUAGAAUUUGUUCCAAUAAACCUGCACUUGCAACGGAUGCAGGUGCACAGCCCUCACCUGAAAGAUGCUCUCUAUGAUGUCAUCACUGUGGGGGCCCCAGCUGCCCAUUUUCAGGGAUUCAAGAAUGGUGGUCUUCGAAAACUACUCCAUAGAUUUGAGACAGAGAGAAGGAACACCGGGUACCAGUUUAUUUAUUAUUCGCCCGAGAACACGGCCAAGGCAAAGGAAGUUCUCAGCAGCAUCAAUCAGCUGCAACCUCUCGUAGCGACUCAUGCGGACCUGCUGCUAACCUCUGCCAGCCAGCAUUCUCCUGACAGCCUGAGGAGUUCUUUAAAGCUGCUUUCAGAAAAAACCGAGCUUUUUGUGCAUGCCUUCAAGGACCAGCUGGUCAGGAGUGCUCUCUUAGCUCUCUACACUGCGAGGCCAGGAGGUAUCCUUAGGAAGCCACCUUCUCCUAAGGUCAGCACAGAGGAGAAAAGUAGCCAGCAUGAUAGCCCGCAGCAGCUUAGAAGACAAGACUCCAUACCACAUCACUCUGACUAUGAUGAGGAAGAGUGGGACAGGGUGUGGGCCAACGUGGGAAAGAGCCUAAACUGUAUUAUCGCUAAAGUUGACAAACUGAUCGAGAGAGACAGUCGCAACGACAAAAGUACUGGAGGCGACAGUAGCAAGGACGGAGAUGCGGACCCUAACCUGGAAGAUUCCCUCACAUCCCACCCAAGGGAGGACUGGUAUGAACAGCUGCACCCACUCAUCCUUACCUUGAAGGAGUGCAUGGCAGAAGUGGUGAACCGAGCGAAGCAAUCCCUGACAUUUGUGCUGCUUCAGGAACUCGCCUACAGUCUGCCCCAGUGUUUGAUGCUGACUCUGAGGAGAGACAUCGUCUUCAGUCAGGCGCUUGCUGGAUUGGUUUGUGGUUUUAUCAUCAAACUACACACAAGUUUGCACGACCCUGGCUUCCUCCAGCAGCUUCACACAGUGGGCUUGAUAGUGCAGUACGAAGGGCUGCUAAGCACUUACAGUGACGAAAUCGGAAUGCUGGAGGACAUGGCUGUCGGCAUUUCAGACUUAAGGAAGGUCGCUUUCAAAAUAACGGAAGCCACAUCCAAUGAUGUCCUCCCUGUUCUCACAGGAAGGCGCGAACACUACGUGGUGGAGGUCAAGCUUCCAGCGACAGUGUUUGAGUCGCUCCCUCUGCAAAUUAAAGAAGGCCAGUUGCUUCAUGUGUAUCCUGUUCUGUUUAACGUUGGAAUCAAUGAGCAGCAGACUCUGGCCGAGAGGUUCGGAGAUGUUUCUUUGCAAGAAAGUAUUAAUCAAGAAAAUUUUGAGCUUGUACAAGAAUAUUAUUCAAUAUUUAUGGAAAAGAUGCCGCCUGAUUAUAUUUCACAUUUUCAAGAACAAAAUGAUUUAAAAGGACUGUUGGACAAUCUCCACCAAAAUAUCCAAGCCAAGAAAAGAAAAAAUGUAGAAAUCAUGUGGCUGGCAGCAACGAUUUGUCGCAAACUCAAUGGCAUUCGUUUUACCUGCUGCAAAAGUGCCAAAGACAGGACAUCAAUGUCAGUGACGCUGGAACAGUGCUCCAUCCUGAGAGACGAGCAUCAGCUCCACAAAGACUUUUUCAUCAGAGCAUUAGAUUGCAUGAGGAGAGAAGGAUGCCGCAUAGAAAAUGUACUGAAGAAUAUCAAAUGCAGGAGAUAUGCUUUCAACAUGCUACAGCUGAUGGCUUUUCCCAAGUGCUACCGACCUCCAGAAGGCACUUACGGAAAAGCUGACACCUGAGUUUACCAACAUGGAGACACAACAGGAACACAAAUACAUUGAGCUUUGAAGAUCUCCACCUCUGUCGUUUUUAUUUUUUAUUGUUAUGAGUUUGCGGAGUGAGGUGCUCAUGGGUCUUACUCACAUCAAGACCAAUACAUUACACAGAAAGCCUUGCCAGCACUUCUGGGCCCGGUCAAUCUUUUCUCUUUUGGGUUAACAGACCUCGCUGGUUGAGGUUAGUUGAGAAAGUGUAAUUCCAUUGGUAGAGUAUUUAAAUAAAAUGUGUCCUGAGGAAACAAGGUUGCUUCCAUGGUGCCAGAGGUAACAUGGAGAACGCCACACCCCACGUAAGCAAGUAAAGGGUGUGAGUUUAUAUAAUGCCACUUUGAAGUCUUGACUUCAGACAACCUAACAGCCCAGCUUAUGGCUUUUAUAAAAUAUGCAUGUAGUAAGUGCAAUUAUGUGAUGGGAAGCCAUGUCCUUGAUUACUCACAUGGCUUGCGUAUAUGUUUGUACAAAUCUUUGUACAGUUUAGAUGCGAUUCUACUUUCUAAGCCUGUAGGUGAAAGUGUGAUCUGAGUCAUGAGCUACAACACAAAACCAUGGUUCUUCAUAAAACUCUGAUGUGGGUUGGGUAACCCACCUAGACACAGCAGUGCAGAGUCUUUAAUGAAUACUGGGAAAACUCUUCAAGGUACUAAAGUUACAAGGAAAUGUAAAGGUCGUACCUGUUGACGACCCAAAGGACAGUCUCCACCAGCUUGAAAAUCAUUCAGAAAAAUUCAUGGAAGUGAGAGGCAGAGACAGUUCUAUGACAUGUUCCCAGGGAGUCCUCUUAAGUGUGUGAGUCUGCAGUCUGUCAUAGGUCAAUAUAUGUGAAGUGCAGAACCCUGGAACAUGUGUGAAGACACAAACAGUAAUAAAAUACACAGUACCUGUCAGGUACUCUGGAUCUCAUAUUUGUCCUUACAGUAAAAUAACACCAGAUGUAAAAUUACUAAUAUUCCAAGUUAGUCAUUUCCUUGGAGACCACAUUGCAGAAGACUACCAUGCAAAAGAAGUGAGUGGCUCAAGGCAGUGCACUUGACUGCAGAAUGGCAAUCUCGGCCGCCCUUACCAUCUUGCUCUUUAAACCUCCCAAUCUACAGCGUCCUUCUCCAGAUUGCCACACUGGCUAUGUAUGCAAAUUGACAGAGGAGAGCCAAAUAGAAAUAUUAGAAUUUAUCACUGGAAUUAACACUCAGAAUAAAGUGAUAUGAAAAAGAAUAUUCUUCCCUUUCUCAAAGCACACAUCGCUUCAGAGCAUGAUGGAGGCUUCUUACACUGAUACCUCUCUGCUGUGACUUCAUUCAUGGGGCCAUAUUGUAUGUCUUCAUGGAUAAUAUGAUAGCGACUUGCCUAAAAUGCUCCCUCCCUGUACAGGGUUUUCAAGUAGACCAUGUUGAGUUUUCCAAGAGACUGAAAAUAGAAGAUAACGCUCGGAGGUUUCUCAUAGUGGAAUUAGUUGUAAAACUAAUAACCUGUGGCUGUUACCAAACUAUGUAUAGCCUUUAAAAAUGAAUUUCUAUAUGGAAAACUAAUCUUAGUGUUCUCAGACCUAUUCUCCAUUUUAGUAAUUUAAUGUAAUGGUUUUAAUUAUUCUGUUUUUAAUCAAGCUGGUAGGACUUGGUAGUAGUGAUAUGCAGUCGAGGAUGUCUUGUACAAUUUUUUGGUCACAAAUAUUUUAUAAACAGUGGUUUAUGCUUAUAUAUUUUUAUAAAUUAACCAUCUUGAUUCAAAUAUUGUAAAUAUUUAUUAACUGGAAAGCCAAUAUCAGAGUUUUCCAGUUUUGCCUGACAUUUCAUAGGAUAUUUUUUCUUUGUCAAUAAAUGCUUAUGUAGAAAUAUCAGAGGUCGACCUCCAUAAUCCACAGAAAUGAAGUUUUAUUCAUUGACAGCAGCACCAUUUCCUAUGGGAAUUGUACAUCUGUACAACCUUUCCACAGAGGAUUUUUAACAAGAAAAUUCCUAUUUCUUAAGUGUGACAACUCUUAUCUCAGUGCACUCAAGCAACCACAUCAUAAUUCAUCUUUACCGAGACUUUCAGAACCAAACAUUAAAUGAAACCUUUUAACAAUCUCCCCUGCAUAAAUAUGGCUGCCGUCACGUGGCUCCAUCAGCUGUCUUCACACUGUCUCAAACAUGCUUUCAUUUAAGAACUGUACCAGCAGGCAUAUCUGGGGAGAUGGUGGAGAGUCAAACAAUUUCUCAGGAAAAUGACAUAUCCAAACAAUGGAGUGGGGCUUUUGUUUUAUUUUGUUUCUCAAAAAAUAUGUUUUUCCUCUUAUCAAAUGCAGGUGUCAGUUCUGGUUUAACUCUUUACAAAGCCACCAGAGUGAUCUAUCAAAAGCAAAUAAGGAGGACACACUCAGGACUAUUACCCAAAGGUCUAGAGUGUGCAUGUGUCCUCAGGACAACUAAGUGUACAUUUGAUACAUCUAAUACAUUUGAUACAUUUGUACGCAGCAGCCUACUGAAUUUCCACCUCUACUUCUCUUCCUAAAUAUUGCCUUGAGCUUUACCCACAUACUGAUUAAAACAUCUUCUAAAUGCUAACAUUUUGGUCAGUCUGGAAACCCAGAAGGGCCAUGAUAACUAUAGGAUGUAGCUGAUAAAUUCAUUAAAAUCAGCCCUUGCCCAGUCAUGGCAGUACUUCCUGGCCACUAAGCAUUCAUGAACUAUUGCUUCUGACAAACAGUGCCACCUUGAAAGCCAGUCCCGACUGGGUGAUACAGCCCAUGCCUCCUGCUUUUCACACAUUAAGUGAUUUUUAGAAAAAUAGGACUCAGGAUGGUAAAAAGGGAAAACUUGAUUUUUUUUUCCUAGUCAGAUCCUUCCCUCUGUAAAGAGGCCGUGCCAGGAGGCUUCCUCCCAGGCAUCCCUGCGGUGGCUGACUCGUGAGAGGUUGUCGUUGAGUUUUCUGGAAUUGUGAAAACUGCCUGCUCCACGUGACCAUAAUCAGCCAUAUUAUGAAAUGAAUUUGUUAAAAGUAAAGAUUAAAAUCCAAUCUUAUAACUUCCUGGCUUUUUUCAAACCAGACUUUGGUAUCUAUCACAUUUCUAAAUGUCGUUAGCUCUGCCGGGGCUGCAUUAUUCAAGAGCUAUAUUGAUAAUAUGCAAUCAUGAACCAUUGGAUGCCACAAUUAGGAACACAAUGUUGUUAUCUUGAAAUCUCCCAUCAUGGGAAUAUUUAAACCACAGAAAUUGCCAAACAUUAUAAACUAGGAUAUUUAUUUUCUGGAAUACCAGUUGUUAGGCAUUUACCAGCCAGAGCAUGGCUCCAUGCCACUACAGACAUUUCUUUUCUCCAGAAAAAUAACAAAUUAUCCGAAGGAGGCUAAUAUUAGAAUGGCUUUUAAGGAAAAGCAAUCUUUUAUCAGAUUAUUAUAAUUUUAUUUUAGAUUUUAUCCUCCUUAAGGAACACUGCUAUUCAAUUCAGUAUUUUGGAUACUUCUAUUUUAUCCAUAAUUGAGUUACUAAAAAUAAAACAUUUGUUUUAUUAAUUAAAUUAAUAAGCUGCUGCAAGUGGCCCUUAGCAUUCUGCCUUAUUGUGAAUUAUACGUCAGCAUCAAAUUCAGAAAAAUGUUAAUGUAAUCAUAAUAUCACUAAAGUAUACUUCAUCACAAUGUAUAAGCUUAUGAUUAUGGCAUUGUUGAAAGGAAAGGCAGAAUUAUGUCACUGUACUCAAUGUUUACUAAAUUGAACACAGUUGAAACCCAUCCUGUUUAAUUAAAUAAAUUACACUCUGGUGUCUAGUAAGAUGACACAGGUAUGUGUAUAUAUAUAUAUAUAUAUAUAUAUAUAUAUAUAUAUUUGAUUCUGAGAGAUGUGUCACAUCAUUUUAGUCCAAUCUAUGGGACGCAUUUUGUAAUUUCUCAAGAAAUAAAUGAAUUUUUAACACACAUUUGAGUAAUAUGUCUGAGAAACACUCUAAUCACCAGCUGUGGAGAACAGCAGGUAUAUUGGAACUGUGUAAAAUACAUAGUGCUCACCACUGAAAAGGAUAAUUAAUUUGUUAAGAACUAGCAUGAUUUAUUGAGUUUUAGCAUAAAUUCAUAUCCAUACAGUUUACCUCCAAUCUGGGUAAAUUCUGAUUCUAUAUUUAUCAUUUUAGCUUUUAAAGUAAAAAAGGGCGGGGGGAAUUACACUUAUCUUUUUUUCUCUGAUAACAUGAAAUUAGAAGUUUCCAUACAAAGAUGCAAACAUUGACUUUAAAAAUACAAAGUUAAUAACCAACAAUUUUGAUAAAAUAUGAUAUGCCAGUUAAUAUGGAAGUAAGAGACAGAAAUUUCACUUUUUUUUUCCUGAGCUAUAGGGCAUGUUAGUUUCUCUUUGAAUUUUAUUUCUAAGACUAGAAAAUACAAUCAUGCUUCUAAUUUAAGAGGACAAUAUAAUACCCAACUAGAGAAAGGGAUGCAUAUAAGAUAAUGCUAAUCUCCAAAAUGGAAAAUGCAAUUGGUUUUCCCGCGCUUGGAUUUGCACUUGGGCAUGCAUAGUUAAGGAAGUAGAAAUUCAGAGUUUAGUUCCAGAGAACGUGGAAAUUAACGUAAAUACAACUCGCAUAAAUGAUUCUCUCUGUAAGCCAUGUGCCCCAGAUGCAUAUUAGCACACUCUGCAUGCAGUAAAAGCAGUAUUUAAGGAAAGAGGUAUAUACCAUUCUUUAACGGAAGAUACAUUUUUCAUAGUAUUUCUACAAUCAUUUAAAAUUAUUCCUAGGUAACAAAAGAGCAAAAUGUAACAUUAUCAGCAAGUUUUAGAGACUCAAAUUUGACCAACAUUUCUAUAAUAUCUGGGUAAUUUUUAAAAUGAUUCAUGUCAUGUUCAACAGCAGAACCUAUCUCGUGUUGAAAAGCCUUCACAUUUUUCAAAGGGCAGAACAUUCACUUAUCUGCACAUGUCCCACCCUUUGUGCACAUAAUUCUCUGUGUGAGCAUGUUAUCUUUUAAUUUAAUGCAUUUUCAGGUUCUUGUGGUAUCCAUUUGGGAGGUUGACACUUGCUUUCUUUUUUUGUUAAAUAUAUAUUGUAGAUAAACCAAUUAUGUGUUUGUAUUCCCAUACGUCGUGGAAAUGAGUCAUGAGUAGAUCAUUUUAUAUUAGCACUUAGAAGGAAUAUCACAUUCAUUUUAUUUUGUGUAAAUCAUAUUCAUCAUGCACUGUAUGUAUAUUUUUGUUGAAAUAAAUAUGGUUUUAUUUUUA